AUGAACCCCUCUGUUGUGGCUGCCCACAAGAGGAUUGGACUUCUCCAAAAGUUCAACAAGUGGCAAGGGAAAGCCAUGGAGAAGAUGCAAAAGUCCAUGGACAAGAUGGUGAGCAAGAUCAAGAGUUUGGAGAAGAAGGUUUCUGGUUCUUCAAGCAAGAAGAAGAAGUCCAAGGCCCCACUUUCCCUAGGAGUAGUCACUCCUCACCACCAAGGAGGCUCUCCCCAAGAGCCUCACAGAGCCUCUUCUUUCGAGCCAAGGGAAGGAGAAGACAACACGCAGAGAAGGAGGAAGACGUCCAAGGCCAGACGCUCCAGCUCGACCACCGGACUCGAUCGAGUCCAAACAGAGGAAACUCAACUCGAUCGAGCUGAGGGUCGAGUUGACCUGGAGGAGCCCCUGUUUGAGAUCCUGGAUUUGAGUACGAUCAACGCAGUACCAGGACUUCUCCCAGACCAAUGGACCCCUACAACAGCUUCGAGCAAGCACAGCUCCUCCAAGGCCAAGGAGCCACACACAUUUCAACGAUGA